AUGGAUCAUUUUCUUGACGUCUGUGAUUUAUUUCUCAAACGUCAAGAAAAUGAUCCAUUUUUGAAGCGCAUCAUCACUGGGGACGAGAAAUGGGUUGUCUACAACAAUGUUAAACGCAAGAGAUCAUGGAGUAAAAAACAUGAACCGGCUCAAAGCACUUCGAAAGCCGAUAUUCAUCAAAAAAAGCUUCUACCGGACAACACAACGAUCAAUUCUGAAGUGUACUGUCAUCAGCUGGACAAAUUGAAUGAUUCAUUUAAACAGAAAAGGCCAGAAUUGAUCAAUAGAAAAGGUAUAGUGUUCCACCAAGAUAAUGCGAGACCUCAUACAAGUUUGGUAACUCGCCAAAAGCUUUUACAGCUUGGAUGGGAUAUACUGCCACACCCACCAUAUUCUCCAGAUCUGAUGUUAAUAGGACUUCCGUUUCCGGACCUAGGCAAGUUAGAAAGUGCCACAAGUUACUGUAUUUUUCACGGGAAAAUCGAGAGUUCCCGGAAGAUUACUUCAGGUAAAGUGGCAGAAUUAACAUAA